AUGUGUGCUCUGGCUUUUGUCGAUUUUAUCCCGGCGUCUGAUGAUAUGCCUAGACAAAGACCGAGCAUGACGUUCCAGAAGACCCGACAAAUACACAUCAGCGUACGCUUGAAACCGAUUAUUUUCGAGAAAUACACAACUUCUGACCGCACAGAAAUCCAACAAGUUCUGCAAUCUCAAACAGUUUCUUCCGUAUCGAAUGCAUUUGCAUUCCAAAAGACUAAACCAAAAUCCACACAACUGGAAGGAUGGUUAAGCAUUAAAUAUUUAGUUCGACUGGGAAUUCCUAAGGGUAUAGCCAAAGCGUAUCUGUUCUACACGGCUGGCUCGCUGAUUCACUCGGACCCGUGCGUAACCAGUCAGUCGGAUCAGUUGAGUUCUGAAGCAUUACCUAAAAGCAUCACUGAUAGUGAUAUCUAUACAGAAGCCCGAGGAACCGAUUUUGUCUCCGUUCACGCGUUAUGUGCUAUUAGUCCAAAACAUAUUGGUUUUCUCUUUCUGGCUGCAAACAGUUUCGAUUAUCGCACUACCGCAGUCGGCGUAGAGACCACAUUUUUCAAAUCGGUGUAUUCCGCUUUGCCAAGAUGGUUGGCAAACGAAAACGACACAAACGAUGAUCCGUUUGAAGUGCCUCCAAGUUCCACAGUGGAGUAUCAGCUGAUAAAAUUGCGCGUGGCAUGGCGAGGUUCGGUUGUGGAAAAGGAACCCAUGACAUAUUUUGGAAGGCUUGGCGAUCAGAAUGAAGGAAAACCUAUGUGCUUUUAUCGGAAGACAUUGCAAUCUAAACCGCAGGAGAUUGAUACGAGCAAUGGAGAAUUUAUGAUUCUUAAGAAUUUGGAAAAAUCAAGUUAUGAGUUGAUUAAGCCAUCAGUGGAGUUACGUGAUGCCGGAUUCUACCUCUGUCGUGUUGUGGAAUGUGCGACAUGUCCGGGUGAAACCGAUACUCCGGCACGACAGUUUCUUGUGUUUCCCAGAAAACUGAGCAUGAACUUGUAUGUGAGUCAUGCAUCAUUUGAACAGAACGAG